CGCUCCAAAUCAAAGCCAGAGUGAAUCAGAGAAAGAUGAUGUAACAGUAGAAGAACAGUGUAUUAGUAAUCAGGAAGAAACGGAUGCUAGGAUCGAAGGAACCGAAAAAAUCACGAGAUCACACAUGGUUGCGCCAUGAAAAGGAGGCGAUGUUCUGCUAUUUUUGUUGGAAAUCUAAGAAGACAAACCCCUUUGCAUCAGCAUAAGGGUGUACAAAUUUCUGUCCCCCUUUAAAAUAAAAAUGUCCCCCGAAAUUUUAGCCAAGGGAACAAAUUGUCCCCCGGUGAUCAAAUCCUAGCUCAAGCCCUGCUUGCAGUGGCAGAGUGUAAGAUCUUAAAGUUACGGGAGGUACGACAAGACAUAUUAGGAUUGAAAUGCAGGCAGUUUUCCUGGUGUAUUUUUCAUUUGUUUCAUGAAGUAAGAGAUUUGGCCGCAUGAAUGCUUAACCGGGAUCAGAAGAGAAAACAAGGGGAGGGGGGUUGGUAUGAGGGGAAGAAGUGGGUGGGGCUGGGGCUGGGGCUUUAUUCCAGGCAAAACGGACACUAACAGUUAUCCGUUUCAGGAGGAUAAGCAUUUUUUAUCCGUUCAAACACUUUAUAAAAGCCGUUCAAAGCGAUCGAUCAACUGUUUAAACGGUUUCCAUGUCGGUUUAAAAAAAAUUAGCAUCCAUUUGAACAGUUUGCCUAUAUCUGUUCGAAAAAAUUUAGUAUCCAUUCAAACCAAUGCGACAUCCUUUUGAACGCUUAAGAUGUCCGUUCGAACUAUUUUUACAAAAAUGAUAAAUGAUUUUGUAACUUAAUUAUAGUUGUAAUGAAUAAAAUGAUUUUAGCAUCAUUUGUUUUCCCAUGAAUGAGCUGAGGAGUUUUCCUUGAAGUGAAUGUCAUGCAAUAACAAAGUGGCUGCACACGCAUUAGUAAUGUUUAUCUCCGAGCGGCAUCAGGUUACAAGGUUUUACAAACAUCUGAGCUCCCCUUACUAUUGAGAAAAUCUGAGGUUUUAUCAUGCACUGGCCAAAAAAAUGUUUCAAACGUAUUAGUUAUUUUAUAAGACGGAAGCUGAAUUGAAAAGUUGAACAUGAAUUUUUGCGCAGCAGCUGAUACCAUAGUAAGACUAAAAGCUGUCAUGUCUGCCAUUGAUGAGACAGAGAUCGAUUGAAAUAGGCUUUCCUUUCUCGAUCACAAGAGUAGAAGAAGUGUUUCUCAAACAACCCGAAAAUAUUAUUAUCAAGCAUCAACUGAAAUAACGGAUCAACAUGCCAGUUUCAGUCCAUUCAGAACAAAUGCAGUUAUUUCAGAGACAAUUAAUUUACUCGGCAGGACUUUUCCGCGGGUGACGGAUGACGGGUGGCGGGUGACGGGUGGUGGGUCAGGCCUUAAAAAAUAAAAAUAAAAAUAAAAAGGGGAAACCAAAAAAAGAAAAACGAUAACAAAAAUUACAAAAAAAGCGAUAUUUUAGCAAUAUUCUUCUACACGAUAUCGCAUGCACGAGAUAGCUUGAGGAACUCAUAAAAUUAAUAAUAAUAGUAAUAUUUAUCCUGUGACCAGACAAGUAAGAUCGCAUUCUCUUCUCGACAUGUUUGAACAGUGUCUCAGAUUUUUGACAAGUGCGUUUGUUCUUUUGUUAUAAGUUGGGAUAAACAUUGCAUUGCCCGUGGGAUAAAUCUUUGCCAAUUUGGUUCCCUACUUUUAGUUUAAAAUGAACAAAAUGUCUACUUCGAGAAAACAAGGAAAUUUUCCUAAGACUAAAGCAACAAAGCUGUCAAUGUUAAUGCGUACCAGAGAAGGAGCAACAACGGUUUUGACACAGCAUGGACCGUUUUCGCCGCAUGUGGCGUCUCGGACGGGAAUUGAUCUCGUUGUGUAUAUAUAUACAAAAAGGAUCUGCAUUUUUUUAAAUACUACUUAAAAAUACUGAUUAGGAUGGCAAUCAUGUCGCAUACUAGGGCAAAAACUGAGCUACGACACGGAAGGUCGAAUCUCUUGCAGUCUGUUAUAAACACGGCUAAACAGUUGGGGAACUGCAAUCAUCUUUCGUCUUGAUGUGGAAGAAAAAGCAAACUAGACAAACAAGAUCGACACGUGCCAUGUGUCUUGCUUGACAUAGCCUUCAUUUCACACACCGCGUGUAGCCUGACGAAACGUCACUUGCGGUGCGGAGCUAGAAGAGGUAACUGUUUUCACAGGCAUGAUUUCUCGUUUUUUUUUUUCCAUUUUUAGUCCGCGUAAUUUAACAAAAGACAAAACAAGACAAUACUUUUAUUUGGAGUCUGGUAGCUAGUACAUAAACGUUGAAAUUAUUUUAAAAUUACAACAUACAGUUAUAUCAAUAUCAAUUAUACUAUAACGAGUUAUAAUAUUUUAUUUUCAUAUAUAUUUUAACCCACCACCCAUCUCCCGUCACCCGCUACCCGUCACCAGUCACCCACCACCCGUCCACCCGCCACCCGCGGACUAAAAAAACGGCUAAACAGCGCCUGAGUUCCGUUCAGAAUGAUUAUUUUGCAGACAGUUUAUCAGUGUCUUUAACAAAUCUGUUCGAAUGGUUUGCCAAUCUGUUCAACAAUUUUAUUCAUCCGUUCGAACAGUUUGCCAAUAUCUGUUCUAAUAAUUUAUUCAUCUGUUGGAAUGGUUUGCCAAUCCGUUCAAAUAAUUUAUUCAUCCAUUCAAAUGGUUAGUCAAAUGCUUUGUAGACUGUUCAUUAAAUUGACUGUUCAUUAUCCGUGCAUUUUUCCCAUUCGAACGGUAUUCCGUUUUGCCUUUCACUGUCACAUAUAUCUUUAUGCACCAGCCGAUAAUAUUGCCUGUCUGUUCCAGAACGCACUAAGUGAGACCAAAUUCCAAGCAUCCCUGUCACUUUCAUAUAGUAGUCCUCCUUGGGUGCUGGACCUGAUUGUUUGGCUCGUUCUGCGAUAUAGUGUUGCUGCUUGCAUGCGAGCUUGAGAGAGAAAUGGAUUUCUCAGUCACAGAUAUAUAUUAGUUUAAAUAACAGAUCUAACUUAAACGGAGAUUACUUAAAUGUCUCUGUUUAGAUUAUUCCUUUUAUCACAUUUACUACAAAUUAAAAGACAUCUCUGUGCUGAGUUCAUUGAGAUGGGUGUCUUUGGAGGAGACAGUGAUGAGAGUGCGUAUGCAAUGUUAUGGCAUAUUUGCUUGACAGCCUAACAAAUAAAGAUAUUUUUUGUAUCCUGCAACCAAGUUUCUCUGUUUGAAAUCAUGAGCAUUCCAUAGCCUGUGAAAUGAGCUGAGAGAGAGAAAGCACAAGUAGACAGAGAGGGGGAGAAUCUCCUGCAUUCCUUGCAUAUAUAUACUUUAGGAAGCGCUCAGCCUAUGUGAAGGUCACAUGCUAUAAUUUUGCUCAACUUCUUGUAUGUGAUUCUCAAGUGAACAGAUGAUUGCAAAUUUUUGUUUGCUUAGACCAAUUCUAGAUCAGGCAAGUCCUAGGUUUUGACUCUCUCAUUGCAAAUGCAUCAGCUUUGUGUUAAGUUGCUACCUAUAAAAUGAGCAACUAAAAAACGGAAGGAGUGACGUGAGGUAAAAGUUUUGUAGUCGUAUCAUAUUAUGAAAAUGUGAGGAUGAUGAUGCUUGACAUUUUGAGUUGCUUGUAAUCAAAGGUCUAUACCAAUGUGAGAUUCUCUUGUUAAUCUGUGCUAAUACUGAAAAAGUCUAGGACAGUAUACUAAGUGGGUGUGGUUUUGCAGCUUUUUACUUCUUGGUCUGCAGUCUUCCCUUUAUAUAAUAGCUAGUUUACAUCUGCAGUCUGGUGAAUCUGUUUUUUAUAUAUACUGACCAACUCCUACAAUGGUGUAACGAAUGUUUGUAUGUGUUAUUAUGAUAGAACUUUUUUUUAAAAAAAGAUCCUCAGAUGUCCUAGCUAUUUUUUUAAACAAACUACUCUAUUUUUCUAGAUCAAAAUAGAACCUGUGGUCCAAAUGAAUUCAAAUGUAAAAAUGGCAAAUGCAUCAUAGGCAAAUGGAAGUGUGAUAGACAAGAUGACUGCGGAGAUGGUUCAGAUGAAGAAGCAGCUCUCUGUGGAGAAUGUAUGUAAAACAUACAUCACAUGAUGUAUUUUUAGUAUUUUUUAUUGCCACAGAUAUGAAGAUCAAGGUAUUGGGUGAACUGGAUUUUGUUUCAUGUUUCUUUAUAUUGCUUGUUAAAGCCGUAACCCUGCGACGUCUCCUCAAAAAAACAAAAUUUAAAGCUAGUCUUGCCGUUUUCUUGUCACCAUCUAACAAAAAAAAGAGAACUAAACCCAACCCUUCGCUUAAACAAGGCAAACACUAUACGUGUACUGGUUUUAAUGCUCCAGCUGGGUAUGCACAUGUACAAAAUGCAGAGUUUAAAAAGUUUAAUUAUAAGUUAAUUUUUCUUUCUUUCUUAGUUUUUAUUUAGGUGAGGAAGGGUGUUGUGGCCUCAAUACAUCUAACACCCUCCUUUAUCUGCAUAAUUCUUUAUAUCAUGUACUCAUCACAGCCUCAUUUGAUAGCAAAAAUUAUUACAUUUUUUAUGUAUCAGUUGAAAGGGUAUUUACUGAGUCAAUCUUUUUUAGCUUCUAGAACUUGUCCAUCCUCUGAAUUUACCUGUGACAAUGGUGGGUGUGUGUCUCGUUCCUGGUUGUGUGAUGGAGAUGAUGACUGUGGAGAUAACUCAGAUGAGACUGGUCAGCAAUGCGGUGAGAUAUGUUUGAAAAAACUUUGCUUAUCUUGAAUGUGCAGGAAGAAGGGAAUCUCAAUUGUCUUUGUUAAAAAUUACAUGGCAGAUUUAUUCUCUCUCUCCCAUGUUACUAAUUUUCCACCCAUGGGGCAAAGUAACUGCAUUAAGCAUCCUUUUAGUGGGUGUUAUGAAAACUAGACCCUCGAAAACUAAGACUUAAGACCUAAGACCUGUCUUAGUUUUCAAGAUAACGAAAACUAAGACCCCCUAAAAUCGAAUCCGUCGAAAUAUAAAGUCAAAUUGUAACUGAAAUAGGUCUGAUCUGUCAAAUUAUAUCAUCAGGGCUUCUGAUAUUUCACGCGGUCGCGGACCCGCGAAAUUCAGGUAUUUCCGCGAAAUCCCGCGAAUUUCCCAAAAAACCGCGAAAUACCGCGAAAUCCGUCAGAAAUAUUUCCAAAUACUUAUCUUGGCUAUUAGACCGGUUUUAUUCACCCCAAACGUCCAAAUUUAGCUUGAAACUUCAUCACUGCAAAGAGUAAACAACGUCCCAAAACUACCAGGCGUUUUUAGAUGAACGUUGCGAAAAACUGGGCACUAACCAUAAUGUUGAUAGCUUUAACAUGCGCUUAUUUCUUGAGCGAACUGUUGUUGAAAGAGCAAAUGAUUAUCCGUGUUAAAAAAAACGUUCACCAGCGCUGGUCAUAUCGACGCAAAAUUGAUCGAUUAUAGCGAAAUUUGCCAAAAAAAACCCAGCGAAAUCGGCUGUUUUUUGUUGAUUGUUUCUUGGCGAAGUUUCCCCCCCGAAAUUUCUCGUGAAAUCGGCCGAUUUUCCUAAGAAAUUCUCAGGAAAUUAUUUGCCCCCGAAAAUCCUUCGAAAAUUGACUCUUUUCCGCUAAAAUCCCUCGAAAUGGGCCGAUUUUCCUGCGAAUUUUGACUUUUCUCCUGCAAAAAUCGCCUGAAAUCGGCCGAUUCUUCCGCGAAUUUUGACUUUUUUCCCGCGAAAAUCCCGCGAAAUCGGCCGAUUUUUCCGCGAAUUUGCCCCUGAAAAUGCCGCGAAAUUUUGCUUUUUUUUCCGCGAAAUAUCAGAAGCCCUGUAUCAUGUUCGAUCCUUUCCAGCGAGUUUUAGGUCAAAUUUAAUGGUAAAUUUAGGGGUCUUAGUUUUCGUAAUUUCGAAAACUAAGACCCCUCUUAGUUUUCUUUACGAAAACUAAGACCCCCCACCAAAACAAUCUCUAAAAUUUCUACAAAGUCGAAUUCCGACCGUUUGAAGACUAUAAUCCGUAAGACAAACAAAAACUACUAUCAUACGCCUGCUAGACGAUCCGCUUCUUCUAACAAUUUGCAGACAUACAUUAUCAAUAUUGUGGCUUUAAGAAGAGGAUGAAAGCUAUAGACUACCUACGUAUAAUUGUACACUGAAAAUAAUUGUACACUGAAAAUAUGCCUUAUUACCCCAUAAUUUUGGUUGUUUAUCCUUAAAGUCAUAAAAUUGGUUUUCCACUGGAGAUGGAUUUUUGUCUUCGUUGCAGGCUGACAUGUCGCUGCGACCUCAAUGCCUGAUCGCUAAGUGGUCAGCGGCGUUAUCAGUUAAACAUAACACAAAAAUACGGAUUUUUUUUCCUUUUCUGGCCAGGUCAUAGAUAGAAAAGUACUUUUAUAAAAAGGGCGAAAAAUGGAGAAUAUGCUACAUUGCGUUUUUCUAGCGUUUGUUUUUAUCGUUGCCACCCCGGAGAUCACUGGGUUACAAUGCAAAGUUAGUUAAGGGGUAGGGGUGGGGGGCAAGGAGAAAUAGUCUGUGAGGGAUAAUCGCUAAAAUCACUCAUGAAAUAAUUUAAAAAAAAACGAAUGAGUGAAUGAAUUUCCUGUACUAGCAAAGCAUCGACUCGCGCGAGAAGUUUUGUGACCCCCCGAGACUAGCAAUUCCCUCCCCCGCUCCCCUCCCCGCUCUCCCUGCUUGUCCACGACAACCGCUGGACACAAACCCCCUCAGGUGAUAGUUACAGGUAACGCAAUCUCGAUCACAGAGACACAAAGAAAAACAUCAUUCUCAGUGGAAAGCCAAUUUCAUGAUUUAAAGGAUAAACAACAAAAUUAACGACCAAUAGGGGUAAGGCAUAUUUUCAGUGUACAAUAGAUACGUAGGAAGUCUAUGGCUUUGGUCCUCUUUUUAAAGCGAGUCUUCAAAUUGUUAGCGGAUCGUAGAUCAGUACGCGUAUGAUAGUAGUUUUUGUUUGUCUUACAGGUUAUAGUCUUCAAACGGUCGUAAUUCGACUUUGUAGAAAUUUUAGAGAUUGUUUUGGUGGGGGUCUUAGUUUUCGUAAUUAAGAAAACUAAGACCCCUAAAUUUACUGUUAAAUUUGACCUAAAACUCAGUGGAAAGGAUCGAACAUGAUAUAAUUUGACAGAUCAGACCUAUUUCGGUUACAAUAAUUUGACUUUAUAUUUCGACGGAUUCAAUUUUAGGGGCUCUUAGUUUUCGUAAUCUGGAAAACUAAGACGGGUCUUAGGUCUUUAUAGGUCUUAGUUUUCGAGGGUCUUAGUUUUCGUAACACCCUCCUUUUAGUCAUAGCUUAUAAUUACCAGGCCAAUUGCACCCUUCCAGUUUGGGGCAUGGGGUCAUGGUGUAGAAGGUGUAAUGAUAAAAGUCCUUGGUGUAUCACUGAGAGCAAUUAUAUAAAUGAUAUUUUCACUUAUAAUAUGUCACUUGUCUGACUUUUCUGCCUUUCUUUUUCUGGUAGAUGCCAAGACCUGCAGUGAUGACCAGUUUACUUGUGACAAUCAGAACUGUAUUCCAUCACGGUGGAAGUGUGAUGGUGACCCAGACUGUGCCGAUAGUUCUGAUGAGAAAAGAUGUUUGACUACAAUACGUCCUAUCCCAGUUUGCUCAGGAAAAAUGUUCCGUUGUACUGAAGGAACCUGUGUCCAAGGUCACUGGCGUUGUGAUGGAGAAGAGGAUUGCCCUGAUGGAUCUGAUGAGCAAUCCUGCAGUAAGUUAGACUUACUACACUCUUUGACAAUGAUCAGCAUGUUAUAUUUUUUGGUCAUUGGCCAUGUUUUCCUGGAAGCAUGAUGAAGUUCUGUUGAUCCAGGGAAGUUAAGAACAAUAUUUUUCUUGCUUUUCAACAAAGUGAAAUAGUAAUAAGACCAAAAACUUUGUUGAAAGUAAACCUUAAACUAUGCAAAUAUAAUAUUAUGGAAAAACAUAUUUCUUAAUUAACGUUACGUUCCUGCUUGUAUGUUUUUCCAAAUUAAUGAUAGCUAUAACUGUUGGUCAUUAUACAGCUGUGAAGGUGAUGGCAUGGUGUCUAGUUCUAGGUCUAGUUUUCAGGAAUUAAUGAAGCAACAAUCUAACUUAGAUGUUUUCUUUUAGCAACAAUAAGUAACUGCACAAGCAGCCAAUUUGCUUGUCAAAGUGGUGGCUGUAUACCAAAUACCGAGAGAUGUGAUGGAACCCAAAAUUGUCAGGAUGGAUCAGAUGAAACAAGCUGUGGUAAGUGUAAAACUCAGGCUCUGUCAUGGUCAUGUAGAAUCCAUUUUUUGAGCUUGUUAAUGUAAUGUCCAUUCAUAAAUUUUGUCUGAACAGGAACCUGCAGACCAGAUGAAUUCCAAUGUGGGAGCACAUUGGCAUGUAUUGCAAAAGCUAAACAAUGCGAUGGCACAAAUGACUGUCCUAAUGGAGAGGAUGAACAAAGAAACUGUAGUAAGUGAUAAUUGUUAGAGACUUAAUCGGUGGAAAAGCGGUGGUGACAUAUUCAACUUUGAUUUGGGUUUCAUUCAUUCAGUUUGUUUCAUAUUCCUGAUUGCUAAGAAAACAGUUUAUACACUCAGCUGGUGAAAAGUACUGCUAGGCCGGUUGCAAACAGGGUUGUCAAAAGUAGCCGGUUGCUGGCGAAAUUCGCCACCUACUUGGUUAGUGUCAACCUGCUACUCUGCUUGGCAUUUCUUUACAGUUUGGGUUUUUUUAAAUAAAAAUAUCCCUAGACUGACUUUUUACUUUGACAACUCAACCAUCUACUUCAAAACUUUCUGACAACCCUGGAGUUACCAAAGAAUCUAAUGUUGAAGAAAUCAGUCUGACCUCAACUGUACUCUUAUCUCACUGAAACUGAGGAUGGGCUUCAGCUAUGUGGGACCAUCUUCGCUAAAAAUGCUCAUUGACUAUUCUACCUACUGGAGGUUGGAGAGGUUAUUUAGAAUACUACUGUUCAAGAGAACAGAAUUUUGUCAGGUUACGACUGAAAUAUGGUAGGGACUUCACAUCAUGAAGUCUUAACAAGAAGAGAAUUAAAAAAACCAGAGAUGUGUAAUUUUAUUGAAAUUAAUGAUUACUUGAGAGCUGCACAUGAUGUAACUCUGUUAUCUGGCGGUAGGACUUUUCCGCGGGUGACGGGUGACGGGUGGCGGGUAGCGGGUAGACGGGUAGCGGGUGACGGGUAGCGGGUGGCGGGUGGUGGGUCAGGCCGCAAAAAAUAAAAAAAUAAACAUAAAAAGGGGAAACCAAAAAAAGAAAACAAAUACUAAACAUUACAAAAAGCGAUAUUUUAGCAGUAUUAUUCUACACGAUAUCGCAUGCACGAGAUAGCUUGAGGAACUCAUAAAUAUUUAUCCUUCGACCAGACAAGUAAGAUCGCAUUCUCUUCUCGACAUGUUUGAACAGUGUCUUUUGUUAUAAGUUGGGAUAAACAUUGCAUUGCCCGUGGGAUAAAUCUUUGCCAAUUUGGUUCCCGACUUGUAGUUUAAAAUGAACAAAAUGUCUAUUUCGAGAAAACAAAGAAAUUUUCGUAAGGCCAAAGCAACAAAGCUGUCAAUGUUAAUGCGUACUAGAGAAGGAGCAAGAACGUUUUUGCCACAGCAUGGACCAUUGUCGCCGCAUGUGGCGUCUUGGACGCGAAUAUUAUUGAUCUCGUUGUAUAUAUAUACAAAAACGAUCUGCAUUUUUUAAAUACUACUUAAAAAUACUGAUUAGGAUGGCAAUCAUGCCGCAUACUAGGGCAAAAACUGAGCUACGACACGGGAGGCCGAAUCUCUUGCAGUCUGUCAUAAACACGGCUAAACAGUUCGGGAAGUGCUAUCAUCUUUCGUCUUGAUGUGGAAGAAAAAGCAAACUAGACAAACAAGAUCGACACGUGCCAUGUGUCUUGCUUGACAUAGCCCAUUUUCAUUUGACACACCGCGUGUAGCCUGACGACACGUCACUUGCGGUGCGGAGCAGGGAGAGGUGACUGUUUUCACAGGCAUGAUUUCUCGGGGUUUUUUUCCCAUUUUUAGUCCGCGUAAGUAGAUAAAACAAAACAAGACAAUACUUUUAUUUGGAGUCUAGUAUCUAGUACGUAAACGUUGAAAUUAUUUUAAAAUUACAACAUACAGUUAUAUCAUCAAUAAUAAUAUUUUAUUAUAAUAUUUUAUUUUCAUAUAUAUUUUUAACCCACCUGCCACCCGUCACCCGUCACCCGCUACCCCUCACCCGCCACCCGCUACCCGUCACCCGUCACCCGUCACCCGCCACCCGCCACCCGCGGAAAAGUCCUGCCGGUUAUCCGGUGGGAAUUUUGUGAAAAAAGCAAGCCACCUAUCUAGAUGUGUUAAGGGACUCUAAGGAACAUAAAAAAUGUUGUCAGCAAUUUUUUAACUUGCACCGAUGGCCAUAAGGGUGGAUUUAAAAUGUGAUAUUUAAAUUCUAGCAUAGAAACGAGGCUGGACCUUAAAGUACCUGAAAACUACCUUUAAUGACAACAGAUUGCUAUCAGAAUUCCCCCAGAACACAUAAUAGUGUAUCUGACUUGAAAAUGUACCUGUCAAGCAAUUAAUCUGGUCACGUGACCACGAUAGCAUGGAAAAGAGGCUUCACCUUAAUUAUAGCCCUUGAAAAGCAUCUUCAAUGACAACAGAUUGCCAUCAGAAUUACUCCUAUAACACGCAAGAGUGUAUCUAACUUGAAAACGUAUUUGUUUAAGCAAUUAAGGUGGUCACGUGACCACAAUAGCAUGGAAACGAGGCUUCUCCUUAAAGUACUAGAAAACCAUCUUUAAUGACAACAGAUUGCUAUCAUUAUAACUCAUAUAACACAUAAUAUUAUUGUAUGUGACUUUACAACGCAUCUGUUAAGCAAUUAAACUGGUCACAUGUCUAUGAUAGCAUGGAAACGAGGCUUGAGCAUAAAACUCUGUUUGGCAACCACUAAUAGCAAGUAGUCAAUACAGGAAAAAUAAAACAACUAUUGAAGUGCCUUUCAGGUUAUGUAGAACUGGCCAAGCUAUUACAGAAGCCUGAAAACAAGGUACGUUCCAAUGACCUACACAAAACAAAUGAAAACGCGAUUUCCUCACUACCAGGGCUGGACAUUCAUGACAAGAUCGAGAUGUUCUAGUCAUCACCCUCCUCCUCGAAGUCAUAGUCAUCAACAUCAUUAUCAGAAUCAUCAGAAUCAUCAUCAUCGUUAGAGUUUUCUUCAUUGCUGUCAGUAAUGUUAUCACAAAGCUCAGUCAUCCCCACCUUCAAUUUAGCUGCAAAGAUCACUGCAUUUACUUCCUGCCUAAUCCAAGACAGAUCAAUCUCUUUAGCACAGCCCGGCUUAACUACACCGGGAACUGCGUCUGCUGCCGGUUGUAGUCAUGCAUGUCAUUACUGGAACCCAUUCACCUUGAAAGAAUCCCAGUUUCUACUUAGCUUCAUUGCCACAAAAUCUUAAAUACGUUAGUUUAAUAUCCAAGUAAAAUACCUUUGUCCAUUUUCCUUCCAAAGGAGACAUCACUGCAUGUUUACAGUCAUUAUUCAAAUUUGUACUGAACGAGGGAAGCAAGAAAUACUGUAAAAUUCCGAAAAUAAGCCCCGGGGAUUAUAUUUUUCAAAGGCCCUUUUUGAGGGGCUUAUAUUCAGAGGGGCUUAUCUACGGAAGGAAAUUUGCGUUUGAAAACCGAUAGGGCUAGGCUCAUAGUUGGAAGUAAAUUUACCGUUUUGCUUUGUUUUACUUUGUAUUUGUGGGCAAUUUUCCAAGUACAAGCCCCCGGGGGGCCUAUAUUUGGACGGGCGAUUUAACGGAGGGUGUUUUGUGUUACCGGUUUGAGGGGCUUAUACAUGGAGGGGCUUAUUUUCGGAAUUUUACGGUAUGUAUUUAAAAAAAUAUAUUUGUUGCAAGAACCAAUGCACUUCUGGUUGGCGUAUUAAUAUCAACAGGUGAUUUCAGCGUGUGAUUAUUGCUAUAUAUGGCGCAGCUCCGGGUUUGGUACCUUGUAAUUGGGUCAUGUCAUAGUCUGGUAAUGUCCUCGCAAUUUGCGCUCGUUCAAUUAUUAUUUUUUGGAGGAAGUCUUUCAGAUUGGGCUUCCUUCUUUCAGAUAGAUCGGUAAUCACCUCAGCAGUUCUUUCACACUAGAAAUUCUAGUCUUUGUCUGCUACAGCUGGCAGACUAAGAUCUCAAUCACAGCAACAGCUCUUGAUGUAGCCUGCGCAGUUGUCCUCAGAUCCGCAAGUGCAAUAGACGGCAUCUUCUUCAGCUUGAAAUGCUUUCCAGCAGGCCAGCUUUCCUCUACCCGCAAAGCUUCCUGGUAAUAUCGGUUCCACUGCUCCACUGUCUUUAUGGAGUUUGCCGCAUAUCCCACCUAACUAUAAAACUAUUUUUGUCACUUUUAAUACUGACAGCGAUUAAACGGCGGUUAUUCUUAGUUUAAAAUUGAAACUGACUAACCUGACAAAGAUAUGUCGCAAUUCAACAAUACCAGUGUACUUAAUAAUAAUAAUAAUUAAUAAUAAUAAUUUAUUACAUUUAAUAUAGCGCUUUAACUAUUAAAAUAUUCUAAAGCGCUCUUCAAUAUGUAAAGAAAAUAAAUAUAUAUAUAUAUACAAUAAAUGGAAAGAAAUAAUAAUAGUAAUAAGAAUAUAAAAUUACAAAUUAGAAGCUUUCUUCAAAAGAUGAGUCUUCAACUGUACUUUAAAAGAGUCAAUGUUCCUACAGUUUCUAAGGCUAGAUGGCAAAGCAUUCCAUACUGUUGGUCCAGCAUGGAAAAAGGCUUGAUCGCCAAAAGUCUUCCGUGUCACCUUAGCGAUUACAAGCAAUGUUUCAGAAUCAGACUGCAAGCUGUAUCCAGUUCUAGGCUUUACAACAAGUUGUUUAGAUAAAUACUUCUCAAAUAAAUGUGCGCGGUGAAACAAUAUGGUCAAAUGGUCAGCCAGACAAGUCUUAAUCCUGUCCAUUUUUUCACAAGCCUGCACUCUCUUGCCAUUGAAGUCAGACCUUCUGUGUAAGCUGUUAUCCCUGUACGAACUAGCAUGCAAGUCCUCUUUAGUGUAACCUUCGAUGUUUCUUCCCGUAUCCAGCUUUUCAAGAAUGUCGAUUAAGUUGCAGUUUAAGGAACCGUGAAGCAUGGUGCCAUCCGUGGCAAACACCAACCUUGGCGCUAUUGAGAACUCGUACUUCCCAACAGCUAACUUGAUUUCAGUCAAUGUCAGGGCGUGCCUUGCAGGCCCUGACAUGUAUACUCAUAACAACAUGGAGCGAUUCGCCAGAAGAAAAUGUGCUAACGUUGUGUAGAGUUUCUUGGAUCCUUCUCCUCCUUAUUUCCAGAGGGAAGGGUACUCCCUUAUAUGGUCUAUAUAGGGAUGUGCUACUUCACAAGGUAUUAUAUGUGCAACGUCAGUAUUUUAAUUCACCUGUAGAAAGUACAAAACAGCAAACUGAUCCUUACGGCAGGGGGACAAAGGAGUAAAAAAAAAAAAGAAUAAACAAAAAAUAUAUAUAUAUAUUUAAGCAAAUUUGUCGAAUAUUUCGGUUUGAAAGGCAAACCUUCUUCGGGGACUAAAAGAAGGGCCAGGACCUAAAUAACGUUUGUUUUUCAAACCGAAAUAUUGGGCAAACUGGUUUAAAUAUAUAUUUUUUGUUUUAUUUUCUUGUUUACUUCUUCAUCACCUUGCCAUAAGGAUCAGUUUGCCGAUUUAUAUUUUCUACAAGUUACUAUACUGAUCUAGUCUACAACUGGGAGGUCAGGCCAAUCAAUGGUUUGUCGCUGUGGACUUGUUGAUAUUUCAUAUUAGCUCAUAUUCUAAUUUACCUGCCAGCAAAGGUCUGGCAUAUAAUGAACAUUGUGUACAGGUAACUUGAACCGCAAGGACAGGAUCGUUAAGGUCAGAUUUCUAACGGCCAUGCGAGGAACUUUGUGGCAAAGCAUCAUCGACGGCCCUCGAUGGAAAAGAGUCCUUAGUUAUCAUGAGUUACCGGUUUGCGAGCUGAAAUUUGCAUCCUGUUAUCACAUUGGUCCAAUUGCAAUGGAGGGAAGCAGUAGUUAGAGGAUUAUAAGCUGCCCUGGGUUAAAUUUGGAGGCGAUUGAAGUAUUUGGAGUGAAGUUACGGCUGAUUUCCUGAGGUUAAAAUGCAAGAACUCUGCUCGAGCAAGUAACCAAGCUUAAGUAAUUAAUCAAUCGCUUUCCUCAGAACGCAUCCUAAUCUUGGUGUUCCUGUGGUACAAAGCGAGGUAUCGGGGGCGACUGCGCUAGCUGCCCCCACUGAUUUUAUCAGGGCCACUUCGGCCGGGAAACUGGACUUCUUUCGACUCGAUUUCGUUUCCGUUAGUGAUGAAUGCAGAACCCUAGUACCGAAGAGACCAAUGGCAGACCUAAAACUCGCUGGAAUGGUGCUAAAACAGCCAAAAAUGCUAAGAACGUACCAAAAUUUAUACCAGGAGACAAAAAAGAUGUUCUGAUGUCUUUUUCUUGCUAUUUUUGACCCCUAAAUAACGAUCGCUAAAAUACCCAAACCCUUAUAAUAUUUCUGUUAUUCUCACUCGUGAGCUUGGGGUACCUGUGAUUAUAUUUAGUGUCACAUGUAUCUUCUGAAUUGUACCACAUAACCAAUAAGUCUAUUCAGAGCUGUUCGCAAGGCCUGAUAACGUCAAAAUUACAUAUUUUGUAGAUUUGCGGAAAUCGCGUAAGUUUCCACUAGCUUCCAAAUAAGUUGUGCGACAUUUUAACGUCCAGCUUCGUUUCCAUGCUAUUGUGAUCACGUGACCAUAUUAAUUGCUUGACAGAUACGUUUUCAAGUCAGAUACAUCAUUAUCAGUAAUAGAUCUGUUGAAAUUAAAGAUUGUUUUCAGGUACUUUAAGUCCCAGCCUCGUUUCCAUGCUAGAAAACAAACGUCACAUUUUAAAUCCACCCUUGUGGCCAUCGGUGCAAGUUAAAAAAUUGCCGAUAACCAGUGAGACGUUUUCGUUCACGUUUCAUUUGUUUACGCAAUGGCACAAGGUAGGGUUUCCCUCUCUCUCGGAGUCUGCUUCACUGCUGUUUUGUUCUAAGGUGGCGGAUUACAUUCCUAAGAACAAGUUAAUUUUUUUAGCAUCUCAUCCGCCAAACAUGUUUUUACAUUCCAAGUGACUCCUUUAGAUGAACCCUAGUGUCUUUCACACCCGUUUCCUGUGUCAUCACGCAAGGCUAAACUCCCUUGCGUCACGACACGGGAAACGGAGACUAGUAGGUGUAAUCAUUGUUAAAAAUGUUAUUUAAAAAAAUCUAUAAUGCAAUGGAUUCAGAAGAAAACAAGUUAAGACGAGCCGAAAUUAAUAAAAAUGGGUUGAAAAAUUUUAAUAGUGAAUGAUUGUAUUUAAAGUAAUUUACCUGGAUUUUUAUAUACCUUUAUUAUGUUUUGGAACCCAACUUUCACCCCGGCUCUCUUCUUGGGAGUGAUGGGAUAUGCGCGCUUCUUAUUUUCGCUUUGCUCGUUGUAAAUACGUCCCCACUAUACUAUCUGAGAGCCUGGCACAGGCUAGAGUAGCUGGAACUUUACGAGCUAAAACGGAACGAAAAAUUUGGAUCACAUAUUCGGGUCUUCCCUCCCCGCCAAGGGACGUUACUGGUAAGAACGUUUUGAUUCAUUUUGCUGAAAAGAAUUAUCAAAUAUCAUUAUAUAAUGUUUUCUAAUUCUUGCAACUGUAAACGGGUUAAUAGCUGUAUAAAAUCAGGCUCUACAAGUGAGACACGUUCACACUAGACUAAAGGAUUCUACGAGACUCAACAUACAUUUGUGUGAAACUAUUUCAGACAUUUAUACCUUGUUUUAGAUGGUUUUAGAUUGUUUGCGAGUGGUUGUAGAUGUUUUUGAGGUGGUUUUAGAUGGUUGUAGGUGGUUGUUGAAUUUUUGGAGGUGGUUUUAGGUGGUUUUAGGUGGUUUUAGGUCGUUCCAUAUGUUUUAGUAACUACAUGUUCAGCUCUGUAAACAUUCUCCAAAUACCAGAUGUUGCCCUUCGAAUUGUCUUCUUGCUGUUCUUGCCAUGUUUUUAGCUAUUAUUUCGCCUGGUUCUUAGUCUUGAAAUGAGUGAAAUGUUCGCCAUUUUUGUUUUCACAACCAAAACAACUCAACCUCAUGCCCAGGCCUUCUUGGUCAACGGUGCAUUAACGUGCAAGAAGGCUGCACUUUUGACAUUAUCGGUUCAUUGAAUGCAAAAUUCUUCCAAAUUUGGUCAUUAGUAGCUGGUUAUGGUGAAUUAUGCAUGUGGUUUUAGGCAGUCAGAAUCGGGAAAAUCUUUUGAAUGAAUAGUAAUGUUUUUAUAAUAAUUACCCAGAGUAGGGAAAUUAGAUGCUCUGGUUGCUGUGAAUGAUAUUGGAAACAUUAGUAAGAGGGAACUCGCCAAUUAAUUCUUGGGCUUUUUUUCCUUUCCUUUUGUUAAGGAAUAAAUGAAUGCAUGGAUCAUAAUGGUCAUUGUCAGCAUAUUUGUACUGAUCUGAGGUUUGGCUACAAAUGUUCUUGCCACUCUGGCUACCAACUGGCAGAAGACCAAAGAUCUUGUGAUGGUAAUAAUGGUCACUUAACCGUACAGUAUGUUUACAACAUUAAGUUUUCCAUAAAACCAUUUUGCUACAAACCUUUUAUUAUUUGUUACCAUAACUUUUUUGGUUGAGAUUUUCUAUCAAUGCCAGAUCUCAGUAUUAGGCGGCACACUUAUCUUGUGUGGUAUUUAAACCUGGUAUUCUUUUGAUUAUCAGCCGUAAUGCAUCAUAAUAAAUUAUUUAAAGUUGUUAUGAUCAAUGAUAAUAACUAGCAUAACUGCACUAUCAAUCUACAACAUGUUUUUGCCUUUAAAAACAUUAUUCACCCUCGUGAGUAAGACUAACUUUGAUAUUUGUGAAUCAUUCAGAUAUUGAUGAAUGCCAGGAGUAUGGCAAAUGCAGUCAGAUAUGUACUAAUUUAAAGGGGACCUUUCAGUGUUCUUGUAAGCCUGGUUAUCACUUGGAUGCUGACAAAACUACAUGUAGGGCACUUGGUAAGGUUAUGUUAUAAUGUAUUAAUAUUUAAAUAUCUAGAACUGAUCUUUCAUUUAGAACUAUGUAAAUGACGAUGAUAAGAUAUAAGAGGUUAUAAUGCUCAGUAGCAUCUUUCCUAUUGAGAAUUAAAAAGCAAUUGCGACGAGGGCCAUUACAUCCUGUACAAGUGUUGUAGUACGUAGCAUAAUGAGUGAGUUGUCAUAAUUUCCAAUCGAAGGCAGUUUGUUUGUUAUAUUAUUAUAUUGUUAUAAUUAUAAAAUUAUUGCAAAAGGUCAAUUGGAUGAAAUGCAUGUGAACCACCUGAACAGCAGUAAAAUCUUCCAAAAAAACCCACUACAAUAUACCGUAUUUAUUCGAUUAACCGCCCUGGGCGCUUAUUAAAUUUUUGGACCUUGAGAGUGGGCGCUUAUUCGAGGUGGGCGCUUAUUCGAGGCUGGGCGCUUAUUAAAUUUUCAACAUUUUCAGCAAGUGUAGUAUGUGUAUUUUCCAACAAAACAAUAAAUGGUAAUAACAGAACACGAAGAUGUAACAAAGCAAGGUUCCUGUAAAAUACUUUGAAGAAAACUCCGUCUUCGGGGAAGUCUCUUAUUAGUACUUACUCAAUUUUAGGGGUGGUCGCUAAUUUGAGUUUGAGUGGGAGUGGGAGGGAGGUGUGGUGGGAUGGGCGCUUAUUCGAGGCUGGGCACUUAUUAACUUUUUCUGCCUUUAGGAUGGGCGCUUAUUCGAGGUGGGCGCCAAUUUGAGGUUGGGCGCUUAUUCGAAUAAAUACGGUAUAUUACGGAAAUUAAUAAAGCAAAUUGUUAUAUGAAGAAGGACUUAAUGAAUUUCAUUCUAUUUAAGAGUAACUUGUUCACAAGCAAUUGCUUUAAAAUUUUUCCAUCCCUCUUUGACGUACGUUUAAUAUUCACAUUUAAGAACAGAGUGCACAGCUCCAAAAUUGUUACUUUCAGUUUUGAGAUUUAUAGCAAACAUUUUUCUGUCAAUUAGCACAAUCACAAUCACAGAGAGCCCAAAACCUCUCAAUCUGUGAAUUCUAUGAUGUUGGCUAGCAUAUAGGUUAAGCACAGACUGAACAAUGAGAUUUCGUGGUCUCCCAAAGGCAAAAGUAAUAAUAUUGUCAUGGGCUCUCCCAUGAAAGAGGUCGGAGCAUCAAGUAUAUGGUCCAUUGUCUACAAUUUUGUUUUAAAUGAUUGGUCAUGGUUUACAUAAUUCACUCAUUACUUUGUUUUCAUAUAUCUUUUGAACAUAGGACAUACACCAUACGUGUUGUUUUCAACCCAGCGUAGCAUUCGUAAGCUUUCAAUUGGGGGCUCCAAUGUCAAUGAGUAUUACGACAUUGUUAAAAAUCAAAAAGGAAUUGUAUCACUUGACUAUGACUACUAUGGCAAUUACGUGUAUUGGACAGAUGUAAGAGAUGAGAAGAUUUGCCGUGCACCCAUUGCUACGUCAGAUAAUAAUACAGGUAUUCUGACUAUCAUCAUUAUACAAUAAUAUUUGAGCUUCUGUACUUUUUUGCUUCAGAUGUGUGGUUUAAUCAAAAUGGAUAACUGCGUGUAAUGCUAGAAGAACUGUAUACCACUAUUAAUUAAUAGUCUAAACGUUUUUUGUGGAAACAAUUAUGAAGUUAUGAAACCUAGCCUGUGUGGUUGCAGAUAAUAUCCAAGAAUUUCAGCAGGGUUGGGGGCCAUACAUUUGCAACUUCUUUCAAAGUGGGAAGCAAGAAAUAUUUUUUGACCAUAAGUUGAUAACGACUCUGUUCAACCCAUGACAUAUCACUCACAAUUUGAGCGCUCUAAAGUUCUGAGCUCACAAGUGCAGAUCAGAGAUUCUUGGUGCAUUGUAGUCAGACUGAAAUGAGGUGCAUGCUGGCUACUGUUAGCUGGGCUAACGGUGUCACAUAAUUUAAUUGUCGGUCCUGGAAAGUCAUGGAAAAUUUAAGAUUUGUUUGAUAGAUAAGCUACUGCAGAUGUCAAACUAAGGACAACUUAAGAUCAAGACGAGAAAUCAAACGGCCUCGGGUAAAAAAACUGCCUCGGGUAAAAAAUAUGCUAAAACAAGGAAAGUUUUGAAAGCGACAGCUUAACCUAAGGUCAAGGAAAACUUGAAAAAUUCAUGGAUUCCGAAAUAGUCAUGGAAUUUGGAGAGCACAAAAGAGUACGAACACUGAUUUAUUCAUUAGGGACUUGCUUGCAUGAAGGAUUACUUUUAGGCCGAGGUUUGAUUCAAUGUUGUUCUAUACGGCACCAAAUGAAUAAAUUAUUGCGUACAUAAUUGUUUUGCAGCUGUUUGUAAUGAAGUUGUGUCUGAUGUUCAUACUCCUGAUGGUAUUUGUGUUGACUGGGUGGGCAAAAAAAUCUACUGGAGUGAUGGAGGAUACAACAUGAUCGAAGUGGCAGAAUUUGAUGGCUCUAACCGUCUUACGCUCUUCAGUACUGAUCUUGAUGAUCCACGGGCCAUUGCAGUUGAUCCUCUUUAUGGGUGUGUAUUAAGAAGCAAUAGUUACAUAGAGUUUCUAUUCUGAUGUGUGUACGUGUGUGGGGAGUAGCUCAUAUCUUUGGUAAUUACAAGAAUAAAAUAUCCUAAGAAUGAGAGACAGAGAGACUUUAACCGGCUGUAUGUGGAGAUAAAAGUAAGUGUUCAAGCAGGGUUUUCAUUAAGAAUGCUAGUAGCAGGAGAAACACUUUUUCACGAAAUUGAUAACAAAAAAAUACAAAUUGAUAAUAAAAAUUACUGGCUUAAGGGUGAUUUCCACUGAUGCGUUUUUGGCUACACAUGUUAUUAACGCACGUAAUUUUAAUCACAUAAAUAAAAUAGAGGUAAGAUAAAAAGUGCUAAAUAAGCUUAAAGGAGAAGUUGAGCAAGGUUCAACUUUUACGCUUACGAGCGACCUUUCAUGCAUUGCCUCUAUUUUAUUUGUGAACAUAAAUUUUACGUACGUGCGCACGUAAAAAUUAUGCGACACUGGAAAUCAACCCCAAGAUUUAAGAAUUGGGAUAGUGAAAAAAUGUAAAAAAGAAAAUUGUACUUAAAAUCUUAUCACAAAGCCUUGUGGAAAAUAAAAAGUCUUGACUGAAUGCUUUUAACUCCCAUUGUAAAGUCGACCAAUCAGAACAGUCCACCAAACACCCGACAUAUGGAAGUCUCCAAUCCUCUGCUUUCAAACAAAAACAACAACAACAACUUUAUUUGUAGCCAGCAGUAUUACAAUAUAUUUGAUUAGAGAACAUGUAUUUACAAAAAUAAAAAGGAGUACAGGUUGUCCCAAAUAACUAUUUCCUGUUUCGACUGCCUGGCGGUUUCUGUGUUAAGAAAAUGCAGGUGCAUAAGUGGUCAAAAGUCACGCUGAUGGGCAUUUUCUAUCGGUGUGUUAUUUUUAUAUUGAUUUUUGUUUUUUGAUUAGCUAUCUCUUUUGGACGGAUUGGGGUGAUAACCCAAGGAUUGAAAGGUCAGGCAUGGAUGGAGACCCAACAACAAGACAAGUGAUCAUCUCUGGACAGAUUGGGUGGCCAAAUGGCCUGACUGUUGAUUAUACUCUUCAAAGAUUAUAUUGGGCUGAUGCUAGGUACAAAGACUUCCAUUUCUAUGUCACUGUUAACAUAAUUUAUUAGUAUUGCAUUGAAUUGUCAAUGAUGAAAUUUUAAACGUUUUUUAACAUCAAUGUUAUUGUUCAGCUGAAAUACUGUGGAACAAAACGAUUCUUUUCCUUUCUCUUUUUUGAUUCUGAAAAUUAAAUAUCAUAGCACUAAUUCUAGGGCAGCAAUAUAGUGAUGCAGUUUUGACUUAAAAUGUGAAUAUUGAUUUUUUAACAAGUAUCGGAGACAAGAACAUGCAACAUUAAAAGAGGAAAAAGAAACCUUGGAAAAAAUCGUUAGACAAGUGUGUUAUGAUUCACAUUUUAGGCAUGGAACGACAUGGAAUUGAAUACUAGUCUUGUAUCACCUGAAAUUGACAACCAUGAUACAAAGUUAUGAGUCGAGCUUGCUUUAGCAGAGCGAGACUCUAAAAAUGCAGGCAUUUCUUUUUUUUCUUUUUGUUUUUGUCGGUGGGACCUAGUUUGUAGGCCACGCGUUCCUAGAGGAGACCGUGGAAACUGGGGAUAAGAAUCGUGACGACUUUUAUUGUAUGCAAAUGAGUCUCGUGAUGAGCAAGCGGUUUAUUUUCGGCGAUGACUGGAAUAACGCGAAAUGUUUAUCACAUUUUAGUGCCAUGACAAAAUUUUUUCUUCCAUGCAAGAAAUCACACUUUAUCUUUUUCGACAAAACAGGUUUACGUUUCAUAUGGCAUAGCAAGCCGACAGCUGAACGUGACGAACGAAUAGUUUUGUAAACACGUUUUGCGGGUGAUGGUAAGCCCAGAAUCUGGGGAUGAAAAACGACACGAUGCUCUCAUCUGCACGCUUCGAAAAACAACGUACAAUUGUCAGAAUGUUAUGUUUUAAGAAGAAAAAUUUGGAAAGAUGAAUGGAUUAUAUGGUGAUGUCGCUUACAAAUCCACACACUAUUCGUGGUAGACCCACACUAAAAGAUGUCGAGCGGGGGUUUUCGUCGUUUUUUAUACAGCUAUUUCGAAAAAGGUUGUCGGAAAAAGUGCACGCGACAAUCCCGAGAGGUAUUGUGGGUGGUUUUGAGAUCACUGUUCUUCAUAGAAAUUUUAAAAGAAUGGCACGAGAGGCCAUGGACUAUGUUUCCGAGUGCUAAAGCGAAGCAGCAAAAGUAGGUGCGACAGCUACAGUGUCAGAAACAGUGUAUUGAUCAUAUCCCAUAUUGCCUUUCGGGAUUGUCGCGUGCACUUUUUUUCCGACAACCUUUCUCGAAAUAGCUGUAUACAAAUUGGGAGUCAUUGUGCCAGGCGUUCCUUGCGGAGUCCGUGGAAACUGGGACUAGGAAUCGUUGCGUGAUCGAAGCCACGCAUGUUUUGCGAAGAAAAAUUAGGAAAGAUUGAAUUUAAAGCUUUUCCAAAACGUGUCGAUCCACGAAUUCUAUCGCUUGAAAUCAUCGAUUACUUUGGAACAAGUGAACAAUACUAAUACUGAGUGGUCUUCUUAAUUAGCAAAACUGCGAUGGUCGGGUUUUGUAAACUUUCAUUGCAUGCAAAUGGGUCUUGUGAUGUGCAUGCGAUUUAUUUUCGGCGAUGAUUGACAUGACGUGUCAUGUAAAUCACUUUUUUGGCAAUGAUGUACUUUCUCUGGAAUCGAGGCCCCUGAAUUUUCGUGCAUUUGUACACGCAUAUAGCUUGCGACCGGAGACGUAUUUCCGGUCGUCGCUAACACGCGUACUAAAUCAGUUCACAAACAAGUAAAAAGUAUCGACGUCGAUAAAGUAGUGACUAAAAAAACCUUUGGCGAGUAAAUCCUGUUUCGUGUAGAAUUAGUAAUCGUCUCCUCAUUUCUUGAUCUAAUCUCCAAGCAAGCGAGACAGGUUACGUUUCAGUCUUUUAUGACAUAGCAAGCCAAUAAAAUCGCAAGUUUAGUACAAAACAGACAACAAAAAAUAGAAACUGUGAACACGUGCUCUCUCUAGAGAGCUAUUUUAAAAUUUUAUCUUAUGGUAGUUUGUAGACUGUUAACAGUCCCCCAUUUUUCCGUGUGAUCGUCGAGAUCGAGCGCGUCUUACCGUUAAUGGUAGCCUGCGUGCAGACGGUAACUAAACUCUGAUUAGUACCGUCUGCGAAGCAUCGCAGAGAUCUUUGUUCUGGGCCCCCAAUGGACUCAACGAAUUACCGGAAGUGCGUUUCGAAUUCCCCUUCAACUUGAUUGGCGAUCACGACAAACAAAACAAAGCCUUUUUUAACUGGCCAAUCGUGGCGCGUACUCAAAUCUGGGUACACAGCUGGAAGUCCAGAACAAGGAUUUCGGCGCUGUUUCGCAGACGGAGUUAACCAGAGUUUAAUUUCGUCUGCGCGCAGGCUACGUUAAUGGCGACCAUCUUGAUUUUCAGGUGUACCGAGGAGGCGGGCGUCGGCUAUUAUAGCUCUAGGGGGAAGGGGGCGAGAAAAUUUUACUUCCUACUUUAUUGACGUCGAUACUUUUUAUUUGUUUCUGAAUUGAUUUAGUACGCGUGUUAGCGACGGCCAGAAAUACCUCUGCGGUAGCAGGCUAUACGCUUGAAUAAAUACACGAAAAUUCAAGGGCCUCGAUUCCAGAGAAAUUACAUCAUUGCCAGAUAUCAAAAAAGUGAUUUACAUGGCACGUCAUUUCAAUCAUCGCCGAAAAUAAAUCGCAUGCUCAUGACAAGACCCGUAUGCUUGCAGUGAAGGUUACAAUACCCGACCAUCGCAAUUUUGCUAAUUAAGAUUCUUAUUUUUUUUCGACCACUCAGUAGUGUUCACUUGUUCCAAAGUAAUCAACGCUUUCAAGAAUUCGUGGACCGCCACGUUUCAGAAAAGCUCUAAAUUAGACCUGAUCAAAAAUUUGACACCCUAUUUGAGACCUGAAGCCCUGGGCCGAGUUGUUCAAAGCUGGGUUAAGAUAACCCAGGGUUAGUGCGAUAUUUGAACUCAGAUAUGAAAGCUUUUCAGUUUUAAAUCUUUUUGUCUACAAAUUGAUGAUUGGAAGCUCUAAAAAUAGCACAGAAAAUUAUCCGAGAAAAUGCUUUUGAACACAAGAAAAAGGAACCUGGGUUAAAUUUAACCCCGGGUUAAGCGCUAAUCGGCCUUCGAACAACUGGCCCAUGAGCCCGGCGGGUGACCGGAGCGCGUGACAAGCUGUUACGCCCCGUAAACAUUAAAAGGGAAGGGAGAUGAACAAGUAGCUAAUUCUUCUAAAAAGCAUACCCAAUUCAAGACUAGAGUGCACAAACCAUACCCUAUUUCAGACCCAAAUGGUCGAAAUUGAUACCCUAUUUCAGACCAAAGCGGCUAAAAAACAUAACCUUUGGCGCGGCACAUACCUAUAUAGCCUAUAUAAGGGACUAACCCCCCUGGGGCGAAAAACACGUUGCAGAUUAUGAGUCUCGCUGCUCACGCAAGCGAGACUAAAAAAACCUUUAGCGAGUAAAUCCUGUUUCGUGUAGAAUUAAUCGCCUUCUCAUUUGUCGAUCUAAUCUCCAAGCAAGCGAGACUGGCCGCUGCUGUAAGCGCCUUCUUGUCAUUAAUUAUUGCUGUCUUUGUAGCUAAUGAACAACAAGGGACGCUCAGUCUAAAAGGUUUUAAUAAGUCUCACCUGCUUGGAGAUUAUAGACAAGUAAUGAGGAGGUAAUCAGUUCUACACGAAGCAGGAUUUCCUCGCUAACAUUUUUGUACGUCUUACUUUAUUGAUGGUCGAGUAUUCUUCGGAAUAUUUACUUUCUAUAUUGGAUUUGAUGAUUUCUCUCUGAAUUGAUUGAGUAUCUGUGUAUGAAUACACAAAAAUUAAUGGCCUUGAUUCGAGAGAAAUUACAUCAUUGCCAGAGAGCAAAAACAUGAUGAACAUGGCGCGUCAUUUCACUCAUCGCCAAAAAUAAACCACAUGCUCAUUACAAGACCUAUUUGCAUACAAUGAAAGUUUACAAUACCCGACCAGUUAGCCUCACCAUCAAAGUUUUGCUCAUUAAGAUUCUUCUUUUUGCGACCACUGAUCAAAAGUUAAUUCAAUUGUUCCAAAGUGAUCAACACUUUCAAGCAGCAGAAUUUGUGGACUGAACCUCUCCGGAAAAGCUCUAAAUAUUUUGCAUUAAUCUUUCUUAAGCUUUCUUUACAAAACAUUUUUGUGGCUCCGGUCACGUUUCGAUUCUUAUCCUCAGUUUCCACACUCGCCGCUAGGAACGCCUGGGACCAUGACCCUCCGCCUUUUGUGGACUAAAUAUGAAGAACACAAACGCCCUGCCGAUUCUGAGUCUUGCUGCUAUGCAAGCGAGACCAGUUGUUCAGCAUGUAGGUCAUGCCAUUGUGGGCUGGCUAUUUUCAUAAUUUUUUAGCAAUAAUUCAUUUUCUUUUAUUUUUAUCAAGUUAAUGGUGUUUUGCGAUGUAUUAGAACAACAAAAGACUAAGGUUAUAAUAACUUCAUUUACCAUAAUAUUCCAGGGGGUUUAUUUCUUUACAGGUUAAAGAAAAUUGAAUCCAGCCUUUAUGAUGGUUCGGAUCGUCGCCGUAUUGCCAGCAUUUUACCGCAACACCCUUUUGGUCUGACGGUGUUUGAAAAUUUUGUUUACUACACUGACUGGUACAAAUAUGGCAGGGGGAUAAGGAAGCUAAACAAAUUCACUGGAAGGAAUCAAAAGCGGAUCAGACGUCUUCUUUGGUCACACAUGGAUAUUCAAGUGUACCAUCCUCUCCGUCAGCCAAAUGGUAAGCUACUCAUUAGCUAGAUGUGCAUAAGACCUUUAGCUAGAAUAUAAGGUCAAGUUUAUAAGUAGUGCCUGCUCCAGUUUGUGAAUAAUUUGAAAUUGCUCUUGAAAACCGUUUUUGUGCAAAAAUAAUCAAGCAAGAUCGUGCACUUGGUGAGAGUGUGUAGUCUUUAAAAUUUACUACUUUAGGUGAUGGUCAGUACACACGUAGUACCCUUGAGUGUGUAACUGUGCUGGUGAGGUUAUCUUAUGCAGCAAUGAUUUUUUUAGCUUAAUGAGAGGCUAAUGGAUACCAGGGGUAGAAUUAUUGUCACAUCUAAUCUGUUGUGCCUGUUGGAACUUCAUUUUAACCAAGUGCAGGUACUGAACAUUAACUGUGGAUUUCACAUUGUGCGUUGAAAUUGUUGUCAUUUUCACUGAAAAUUUCAUAUUUCUGUACUGUCUGGGAUAUAUUGACAUGAUCUCAAGCAAUCCGAAUUUUAGUCACAGGAUUGUGGAUUGUGAAAGAAUCUUUGCAAUAUUUGUUUCUCCAGCGGUAUUUAUCGUUUCUUUAGCGGGAGAGUGAUAUGUUGUGGCAGGUGGGGAAUCCCAUUUCAUUCUACGAGAGGCUAAGGCAGAAGUAAUUUGAAUUGAAACAAUACACCAUUACCAAUCAAAGAUAUUAUUUGUGUGACUAUAAUGUAACAAAAAUUGUCUUUUGUUUUUCUCAUGUAAUUUAGCCACCAACCCUUGCAAAGUAAACAAUGGCGGAUGCAGCCACCUCUGCCUUUUAAGCAUUGUUGGUCAAAGGACUCAUAAAUGCCGCUGUCCAAAUGGCAUGAACAUGUCUGCUGAUGGUGUUUCAUGUACAGGGCAACCGUUUACUGGUCAACCCACACCCUCCACAAAAAUCACACAGGCACUUUCCAAGGUACCAGGUUCCACUCCAAGUAAAACUACUCGACCCAAUGGGUCUGUGGUGAAGUCUUCAAAAGCACCAACACCGAGCCCAACUGUUUCAAACACCUCUAAACUUCCGACCUCCUCACCAGGGCCAUCCACCCCUCUGCCUUCUACACUUAAACCAUCUGGAGGAAUUGUAGCGAGACAAGAAGGUUAGGAUUCUAUGCCUUUAUAUUGUCUUUCAUAGCAGGGUUGUUUCAAAGACCAGAGACCAGGGAUUUUACCUGGUUUUACUUGAGUAGUGAAUCCGUAUAAAUACAGACAUGAAGGCCAGGGGACAUGCCAUAUUGUCUGUAUUAUCUGGGUGAGGGGCUCUCAGAAAAACAUCAUAGACACAGGGUUUGAGCUAAGAUUUGAUCAGUGGGGGACAAAAAGUCCCCUUGGCUAAAAUUUUGGGGGACAUUUUUAUUUUUAGGGGGGCAGACAAAUUAAUUAUUAUUCAACAUUUUUAUAUAUAUAUUCAUACAGGCAAGCCAACAAAAACAUUUUUUUUACCUGAAAAGUGAUACAAACAAGAAAAGUUAAGUUAUUGGUGUCAAGGCUUUUCUUUUCUGGUCAUAUUUAAACAGAGGAUCAAUGACCAUGCUUUAUACUUAAAAACAUUUCACAGCAGAAUCUCGUCCCGGCAGCCCUUGUGAACUUCAAUUCCUUUCUUAAUUAUUACUGGUAGACGUACAUGUACUAAUUAUUUGGGCGCGGCCCAAGUAGAGUAAUGGAAACGGCUUGUUUUGACGCAAAAGUGCAACAGACACGCAAUACGUGCUAACGUAAACAAGCUAAGCGAGGCGAAUGUCUGCCAUGCGAACGUCAUUCAACGUUACAGAUCCUCCUUUAUCGUUUUCGUAAAGUAAACCAAAAUCUAUAAAACCUGUCUUCGGAAUCUCACGCAAAGUGUAGUUUUUAAAAUGCUCAACACUCCCAGUCGGAUUCGCAAAAAGAAACUCUUCUAGUAUCUUUAAUUUGAACUUGAAUUUGCAUCACCAUAUUGACACAUGCAGACUAUAAAAAUAGAAUACCCCGGUUCGCUCCCACGAAAAACCUGAAAACUUAGACAGCACGUGAUCAAAACAUCUUCGUGCGACGCCAAAAAUGUUGUCAAUUUCACGACGGAGACUCGCCGAAGACGUUUCAUUGGCCAAAACUGACAGGUUGAAAUGUGAAACUACGCGCAGAAUUCGUCGCACUACUAGGAUGGUAGUAAUCCAAUGAUAUCAUUUGAUCCGAAAUUUUUCAAAGCAGCAGUAAGAAGCAGGUUGGAUAAAAUUCGGCGACGGUGUUUUGAGGAACGUAUUGUUUAAGUAUGUUAUCGAGGGUUAAACUUACAAAUGCACACACUGUUCGCGGUAGGCCCACACUAAAAUAACACUGAGUGUUAUCAUAAUGGGCUGGUCCGCGAACUCAAAGAAAAACAAAGGAAAUUGUCAAGACAUUCAAAGACCAUGGACCUCAUAGACGGAAUUACAAAUCGGAAUGUCAGUAGUGUACGUGUAAAAUCGAUAAGAGUUUGAAGCGAAUAAUGUGUAUCAAGUUUGAAGAGAAGAAUGUGUAUCAAGUUUGAGAGUCGCAAGAUUUGUGUAGCUGGUAAUCAGUGUGACAAAAGUGAUUUUGAUUUUCACAAUGCGGAACACAAGGAGUUGCCUGUGAUAAAAAUAUCUUCCGAUGAAGGAAGAGAAGAUUGUCAACAAUUGAAACCAAAAGAGACUCAGGCUUCUUUGGGAACUACUGUGAUAGCCGUAACAAUUCUUUUUAUUCUUUCAAUUUUGUUUAGCAGAGUGACUGUUAAUAUACUUGUUUUUGUAUUGCGCGUAGUGUUUUUCAUGUAAUUGUGUAUAUUGUGACGCAGUACAUGCACGAUACUCGGCGGGGUGUCUAGAAAACGAAGACCUAGAAAACAAUGACCCAGAAAACGACGACCUAGUAAACCAAUUUUGAUAAAUAACAGUCAAACAAAAAAAAUUGAAAAAAAACGUGAGCAGAGGACCUUUAUAAGGGAAAAGGGAGACACUUGAAGAGAUGUUUGGUUAGAGCUGAACCGCGUAAACUUGUAGGCCCUGUCCCUGUUCGUUCAUUCUGUAGUAGGAAACUUGGGGGAACAGUAAUCCUCUACAAUGAACUCAAACUUUACGUCUCUUUAAACUGUUUUAAUGUAGGUCACUUGUUGCUCAACUUUUCACAAUCAAGGCUAGCAGUAUCUCUCUGACAAGACCUAGAUACAGCUCCUUUUAUCCUGACUGAAUCUGAAGGCUGCCAAUCUUACUCAAACUUAAAGUAAUCUUACAUCAGUAAAAAUUCGAUUGGCUAUAAGAAUUAUUAACAUAUUUUCCUUCGAGGUUGUGUCGUAAUAGGAAAAUCAGUUAAAACUCCAAAAUUCACUUUUGUCCAACAAUUGUCCAGUCAAAACAAAACAGUCAGAGAGACACAAAAAUUACAAGGAAUGUUUACAUGAAUGAAAAUCACAUAUGUACAAUAUCGUUACUCCAAAAUGUACAAUUUGUCAAUUCAUGUACAGUGCUUAAGUUGUCGUUUGAAAGCUUCUUGUUGGAAUAUCGUACAAUGGUAAUUAGUCCCGCCUUUUUCUAUAUAUUAACUAAAAGAUUGUUUACAAAUCCCUAAUCAAAAAUCAAUUAGCAAGAUAUUUACAUUGCGAAAGCCUUUAAACAAAGAUAUCACUCGUUACUACUUUUAGCAAGUAAAUUGAACUAGGUAGUAACAAAAGCUUGUUUAUCACAACGAGUUAACCAAGAUAGUCUGUUGGACAAGGUUUUCUUUUGGAAGCGCACGGAAGUUUCGAUCAAAGCACUAAAUACGCGAGAGAUAGUAAAAAUAGGAAUGUCUAGGAAAAGACAUCUUGGCAAGGUCAAACUUCUGAAGAUUUAAGAAAAACCAAUUAAGCCAAUUAAUGUAAGAUAACAAACAAAUGUCGUCAAAUUUACCAGAACUAAUUAGAUUAAGAACCUCUGUGUGGGUUCAGUUUAAACAAAAAGCAUCAUUUCUUAAUUGAAUAGCGGCACGUGUGCAAAGAGAAACCGACGUCCAAAAGAGCAUCUUUACAGAGAAAGACCAAACCUUAUUAACGAAAAACAAAUAGCUUUUGUAAGCCCAGUACAUUCCAGUAGAACGUAUUUAUAUGACAAUUCAAAACACUCUACUCAGUGAUAAAAUGUUUUAGAAGAGCAGUGCUUGAUGAUUCAUUAACGUUCCUUAUUCGAUAAAGGUAUUUUCAUUUUGGUAUUAACUUGUACCCCAAAAAUAUCGUUUUACAACUCUCAUAUUCAUAGCAAAUCUCAGUGUUAUCAAACGCGCCAAACACCCACGCAAGUCGCUCCUAGCCGCUAGUUAUAAGUAAUGCUAAGGUUUGUACGUCUAAUUUGCACGUGCAGCACAUACUUUUGCACAUCGUACGUAAUACGUGCAGACGAUUCUCUCAGAACCAAAAUUUCUUGGAUGCAUUUUGGGCACUUUCCAUUCAACCAAAACUUAAGAAACUUUGGAAACAACGGCAAUUGGUAAAGUAUUUUCCCGGAAAAGGUCCCAGACUUCGGAAACUUUUCCGAAAUGCGAACCAUUCAACCAGAAAUUUUAGACAUUCGGGAACAAAGUUCCAUUCGGUACUGGAAGUGGCCGAAAAUUGAAACCAGACGUUUUGAUUGAAUGGAAUGGCGCCCAUGCAAAGGUAACCAAAUUUGUUACCAAUUGGGCGCGCGCGUGAGAGCUCCACUAAAAAAGUUUCUCAAGUCAAAUUUUCCUUUAGUAUGUUCAAUGAAGUCAUGAUUCAACCUGACUGACUACUGGAAGCAAGAGCUUUGCUUUGACCUAUUUAUUAUCCUGAUAUCAAUUUAAACAAAUUUCCAUCAAAUCUGGCGCGUCGUUUAUGGCGGAAAGUUUAAACCCACAUAAAUCAAACAGGAAAUAAAUCGGGCGUGCUGUUUUUCACAACUCAAUACCGUAAACGAACAGUUUAUAUUUUGAAAAAAAAGUAAAAAGUGCUUCAUCAUUUUCUCCUACCUUUCCAUGCAUGAAACGGCAGGAUACCGGUAACGAGAAUUGUGAAAUGUUGUGUAGGACACAAUGAAGGUUGACGUGUCAUAAGAUUUGAACUGUGAGGGAGUUUCUGUUUCCUCACAGGUCCGAUAGCGUAGGAUAUAUGCAGUGAGAUAUCCGGUAGAACGCAAACUUUUGAAUUGUUCACAAAUAAAAUAUUACAUCCUGUGAAAGAGACAACGCCGCAGAGAAAAAUUAAAAAUUUCACUUCGGUUUAUCUUUAAUUCUUCCAUCACUUUCACGCAAUGCACAAUGCAAUUUCCGAAACAAAACAAUAGCUCCUGCGACCACACUAGGCACUCUGUAACCGCUGUUUGCGAGAGACGGUUUUAUAAACCGCGUUAUGAAAAUAACGCAAGAACAAUAGAUGUAGGUCUUCCUGCACCACUAUCUCGCGGCGUACAUGUAACGAAGGUUUACGUUAAUCAAUUUAUUACAUCCACUUUGAAAUCACUGGCUAUCCGUGCAAUCUGAUUGGCUAUCAGCAUUUAUUCCUAAAUCGCACCAUUUUUUGCUCUAAAUCGCAUCAGUCAUGUUCUAAAUCGCAUCAUUUCUGUUUUAAAUCGCACCAUUUUUGUUCCAUAUCGCAUCAUUUCUGUUUCGAAUACAAAAUGAGAUGUAAAAGCCCUUUUGUUUCGGCUUUUUAACAAACCGGCUUCUUGAUCAAUAAAAUACCGUAUUCGUACUGACUGAAUUCUGUGAUUUUAAAAUGGCUGUAAUAAAGUAGUAAUUGAACUUCGUGUCGAGCAAUUUUGGUCUGAAAUCAUACUUGUGAUUUCAAAUCGAACUCACGCUGUGCGCUCGUUUGAUUUUGAAAUUACGCGUAUGAUUUGCGGAGACCAAAUUUCGCUCCACUCAGUUCAAUUACCAUUAUAAAUCAAUCGAGCAUCUCCGCCUAAGCGUGAAAAUUUCCCAAAUUUGACUUUUAGAAAUACUUCGUACCCCCAAACCUCUUUUUAUUAACACACUCCGGGAUCGCUCAUGAAGAAUAGCCCGAUAUACCUUUAAUCAGUAAAGACUUAAUUGGCCACCAUCCUAGCCAGUUCUAGAGGGGAAAGGUGUUUCCUUAGGAACUGGUUAGCUCAAAUGACCACCGCAAACCGCAUAAUAUCAAGCCAAGCUUUAAUAAUUAUUCGAUCUAAAAGAAACACAUUUAUAAUUCGCAAUCAGAACAAACACAAAUCGUCUUAAUCUCGUAGCUAAAUUCAGAAAACUUCAAUGUAAACUUACUUCUGUGGCGGGUCGUUACAACAGUCGCACUUUACAGGUUAGCAAAUUCUUUUAACAGAUUCUUCAGGUAAUCGGAUUUAUAGACAGACUAAAUUAUUUUCUUUCUCACUUCGAUUCUACUGAAAAACUGGUUUGAAACACGAUAACCUAAUACUUUUAAAUCAAUGUAUAGAAUUAAUGUCAAUCACGAUUCUUGUCAUCAAAUAAAUCUAUCAAUAACAGGCAACGCCUGUUUGAUAAACGAAACAGAAGGGAGACGUCGCGUACCUUGCAUUUCCAUUUCCACCAUUUUAUUCCCUGGCUUCAUACCCUUAGCCGUUUUCUUACAAAUAAUAUUUACAAUUUUUCUGUAAUUUUCCUUCUUCGCCCACCUCUCACCCGUUCAUAAUUCCCUCCUACCGUCCUCUUAUUUCCCGCCUUCUGUACCCCUCUAACCUCUUAAUCCUUCGAGUUUCCCCAUCCCCGUCGUCGUUUUCUAGGUCAUCGUUUUCUAGGUUGUCGUUUUCUAGGUCGUCGUUUUCAAGGUCAUCGUUUUCUAGGUCGUCGUUUUCUAGGUCGUCGUUUUCUAGGUCAUCGUUUUAUAGGUCGUCGUUUUUCUAGGUCUUCUAGGUCGUCGUUUUUCUAGGUCGUCGUUUUCUAGGUCGUCGUUUUCAAGGUCAUCGUUUUCUAGGUCGUCGUUUCCUAGGUUAUCGUUUUCUAGGUCAUCGUGUAGGAAUGAGGAUAUAUAUGAGCUUAAAGGUGUAUAUAUUCCCAACUUUGAAGUUGAUCUUUGUUCAAGCAGUGUUGAAUACCUGUAGUACAUAAAUUGUUAAUAGUUUUUACAAAUGUUGUUGUAAACCUUGCUGUUCUAUAGCAGUUUAUGCAACGUGUUAUAUUCUGUUAUUAAUCCAUGUGGAUACUGGACUUCAAAAACUUUAUCUGCCCUUGCUAGUAAUAGGAAUACACUGUACAAUGUGAUGGGUGUGAAAAGACAUAUUAAGCCAGUUGAUCUUCCUGAAAGUGAGAGUAUCAGUGGAGCUGAGAUAAAGCUUACUAGCUGUUUGCACUGUAAGCAGUGGUGUCCUAUCUUGCAAUUUGGCUAAGAGCAAAUCUGUGUUGAAGAUGUGCAUUUCAAAACAUUGUCAUGAAGUAACAGGAUUUUUGUCCUAGAUUGGAACAUACUAUAUAAGCUGUGUCGUUCAGCAAUGAAGUAGAGUAAACGAUUUAUCUUCUCUUGUGGGAUAAGAUGACAGUUGGUUAGGUGAAAUAAGACUUGUUAAAAGUAUCAAAGGUACACAGUCAUUAGUGGAAGGAAUUUGUAAAAUUACACAAAGUAAGUUAAAUUUUCAAAGACUACAAAAUGAAAUACACUUUAUAUUAUGCUCAUGCAAAAUUGAAAGAAGUGAAAGGAAAAAUAUUGCGAGGAAACACGGGUAUAGUUCAUUUGAGUAUUGUGAGAUGGAACCUGUUAAAAAGAAUUUUUUAGUUACAAGGAGAAAAGAAAACAGGCAGAUCAGGGUAUAGAUUUUUACAUUGAACAGUAUUAAAAAUAAAACAAGAAAAGGUCAGAAAAGGUCCCUGUCAUAUAUGUUGUGUUUGUAAUCGAUUACUUUAUAAGAGAUCAGUUCACAUUUUUGGCUAAAGUUACCCUGCGAGCAUUGGUUUCUCCAGGCCGGACGCUACGCUUCGAUGGCAAAGAAACCACUGCGUGCAACCGUUUGCUUUUCCAUCGAGCAUGCGCGUCCACGUGAUGACUACGAAUAUCCAACGACAAGACGGCAACGAAAACUUCAACAAAACAAUAGGUUUAAUAAACAAACCAACGACUUUGCACGUGCAUCACGCUUUUAUUUUUGCAUUUCUUUGUCAUUUUGCAAGACUACGACGUGAAGAUGCCUAAUUCUGCGUUUUAUGGAGAACGUAAACAAGCAACGACGAAAUUUAUACUUCUUUUCGCUCUUGAACUUGGAAUUCAACUCCAUUUGGGUUCGCCUACAUUUGACAGAGUGAGUAGAUAGGAAUAAAUAACCCAAAGAAAUACUGAAUAUCCACAGCAGGUUCGCGUUAAGGCAGCAAUAGACCUUUUUACCGAUAUGGCGGCCAUAUUGAAUUAAUUCGAUUUAAGGAGUAUUAUGGGUUGCCCAGGGGGCAUGAGCAAAUUUUGUUUGUAUUUUUAAGCGCUUUUCGGGACAUUUUUUCUUAAAGUUUUCUUAGAAUAAGAUUGUAAUGGGAAAAAAGAUCCUUUUGCCUUGUUUGGAUGUAAUAAUGAUCGCCUUUUUCUAGUUUAGUAUUAGAAAUAGGGUCUUUCACUGUAUAUUUCUCGGGAAAAAGGCGAUCAUUAUUACAUCCAAACACGGCACAGGGAUCUUUUUUCCCAUUACAAUCUUAUUUUAAGAAAACUUUAAGAAAAAAUGUCCCGAAAAGCGCUUAAAAAUACAGACUAAAUGUGCUCAUGCCCCCUGGGCAUCCUAUAAUACUCCUUAAAUCGAAUUAAUUCAAUAUGGCCGCCGUAUCGGUAAAAAGGUCUAUCGUAAGCGUAAGCAAAUGCGCGAGAGCCUAAAGUUGCUUUCAAACAGGAUUUACAUGUUUAAAAAUUAAUUUAUUCAUCCAUAGCGCUGGACGGCGGCUCGAUCAAAGAAGCAGACGGAUGCUCGCGGUGGUUUCUCUCCCUUCGUAGUGUAGCGUCCGGCCUGGAGAAACCACUGCUUGCAGAGUACACUCGCCUCCUUUUCAUAGCGCAACCACGUGUGAUCUCGCAACCAAGUUUUCUGGAAAGUUCGUAAUUUUUUCGGUCUCCUUCAAUCCUCAUCGUUUCUUCCCGAUUAAUACACUGUUCUUCUUCUGUAUUUUUCUCUGAUUCACUCUGGUUUCGAUUUGGAGCGAAAAAGCUUUCUAAUGUUCGAACACGUUUUCGAUGUGACAUGUUUUAAGAUUGCCAGGUGCAUUCACCACGCUAGGUUGAGCAUGAGACGUUCGUGUUUAGUAGAGCGUGACUGAAACGUGACUUUAGAAUGAACUUUAAACGUGCCAUAAAAUGUACUUUCCACGUUCUGUUUUAGCUUGCAAUUUCUGUACUGAACUAAAUGUCUUCGUGUGUGCUUCCUUUCGAGUUUUUUCCCUAAAUUUUGAAGGGGACAAAUUGUUGCCUUGGCCGUUUUUUUAAGGGACAAUUUCAAUUGCAGUGUGGGAUUGGUGCAAUGGCGUGGCCUGGCUCAAACCCUGCAGACAUAAGUUUUAUCGCCAUAUAGACUAAUUCAAACAUUUUUAGAGAAAAAGUUGUUUAAUUUCGUAACUCUAACAAGUUCUCCGCCUAAAGAAUCUUUGUUGUUUUUCAUUCAGAUGAUCAAUCAGAAAAGAAGGGUCUUUCUGGAGGUGUUAUAGCUGGUAUAGUUCUUGUCGUCUUCUUCCUCAUAAUUCUUGUACUGGUUGCUCUAUGGUAUUGGCAUAGUCGUUCAAGAUACUACCGUGGCAAGAGUAUUAGCUACUACAAAGACAUGUCUACCAAGCCACUGGAAGAAGACUUUGAUGAUGAUGAAGCGACUAAGGUGUUUGAUGACAGAGGAUCUCGAGAAAAGGUUGAAUUUGCUUAA